UAAAGGGCAUGCCUCUAGAAAAACAAUGGCUUUACUAUCGUUGUAAACAUCAAUCAAACACACUUUCCAGUUUCUGUUUUCGUCACUAUCGCACGCCGGCUCGCCUUGCCUCGCUCAAAUCAUGAGUUUAUUGGUAAAGGCACUGAGGUCUCAAAGAUCACUAACAAGCCUGAGACAACACACCCCGCGCUGCAUCCAUACAUCUUCGAGAAGACUGAACCCUCUAAUCCCGAUUGUAAUCGAACAAACUGGACGAGGCGAGCGAGCUUACGAUAUCUACAGUAGGCUACUCAAAGAACGGAUAGUAUGCGUCAUGGGACCGAUAACAGAUGAACUUUCGAGCCUGGUUGUGGCUCAGUUGCUGUUCCUUCAGUCUGAAAGUAACAAGAAACCUGUUCACAUGUACAUAAACAGCCCAGGUGGAUCAGUGACAGCGGGACUCGGCAUCUACGACACCAUGCAGUACAUAAUGCCUCCAAUCUCCACCUGGUGCAUCGGUCAAGCAUGCAGCGCCGGCAGUCUGCUCUUGUGCGCCGGCACGGCAGGGAUGCGCCAUUCUUUGCCGCACUCGAGGAUCAUGAUACACCAGCCCUCCGGACAAGCUUCCGGUCAAGCGACAGACAUCCAGAUCCAUGCAGAAGAGAUCCUUCACUUGAAGCGGGUCAUAAACGGAAUGUAUGCGAAACACACCAAGCAACCCCUCGAGACAAUAGAGAGCGCGAUGGAGCGGGACCGCUUCAUGAGUGCAGAGCAGGCGAAGGAGUUUGGUAUCAUCGACGUCGUCUUGGAACAUCCGCCAACGUUCGAAGUUCCAGAAUUGGGGAACUAACAAGCAUGUCGUGAGCAGUGCUAUGUCGCCUGGAGCGCCUUUUGUACCUCCCCCGAAACGUUAAAGUUGCCGAAGGGGCAAAAAAAUAAAUAAGCUGGCAGUUUCUCUGGUCAACAUUGUUACGGACCGCAGAGACGUUCGGCUUGUUCUAAUGGA